AUGGCAUCUCUGCUCCGGUUCCUCAAGCCAGAAGCAAAAAAAAAAACAACAACAAAGUGGCUCCCAACUCGAAGUCCCAAGGCCUGGCUCCGAAACCCAUAACGCGAGUUGUCUCAUCUUGUCUUAUACAGCAGGAAUUGAAUUUCGAUUUCGACUUCAAAAGAGAACCUCAAAUAUUUAAAAAUAAAUUAUAAUUCGAAUAAUGGACGUUCUUCGACCAAAAACGGUUCCAUUAUCGGAUGAAACAAUUUUGUGGUUCGAAUUUUUGCUUAAACCUAACUUACUUACAAAACAUCUUUCGAGACCCGUUUCAGAUCCUACUGCGACAGAAUUAAUAACACAGUUUCUCUCGAUUUCACCGGAAAAUCAAAAUCCUAAUGAAUUGAAUUCUCCUGAGGCGGAUAGUAUGAAUAAGAAUGAAGGGUUGAAAUACAGUAAGAAGCAACUUGCUCUCAAAAUAUUAGCGUUGAAAGUUGCUGCUUUUCUUCGGUGGGAUUUGGAAGUACUGGAAAAAAAUCUCCCACUACAGAGGCAAAUUCAAUUACUGAGUGACUUGUGCAGUGUUACAGCUGGCAAAGCGGUAAAUUUACCACUCUCAUUGGUACACGAAUGUCCGAUUAUUGGGCCAGAAGGUUCUAAACAUUCAUUGAACUUUGCGUUGACCUUGUACCAUCGCUGGGUACUUCGGGCACAAGUGAUUCGUGGAUCCAUAGCGAAAAAUACAAAGCUUUUCAGUUUGGUUCCAGGAAUUCCAGAUUCCACACCUUAUUCAAUGAGAGAUGAUUCGUUUAUUAAUUCAUUGGAACCUUUCACAAACAUCAGCAUCGAUUUUCUUAAUCAAGUAAUUACCGAUUCUGAACCGUUCAGAAUUUUAACUUAUGACUCAUUUGUUGCACUGGAUGCACACGCAGAGAGUGUUCAGCAGCGUUUUGAUACAGCAAUUGCUAUAUCAAAUGCUGAAUUAAGAGCGCAAAUUCAUUAUGAUUUAUGCUUGUACUACUUGUAUGUGCAAAAAUACGAACUUGCCAAGCAGAAUAUUCUACUAAGUAAGGAGAAUUUUGAUCUCAUGAAGCUUGAGUAUAGCACGAAGCCUUCUGCGAAGAAUCUUUACUGCAGUGUUGAGGAAGAACAGCUUCGCGGAUACAUGAUGGCAUGUGGCGUUGCAGGAGGGCCUAUCGGAUUAAUGCAACGGCUUAGUGAAUCUAUGAUGGAUAAUUAUUCAGGUAUUGUGCAGAUCCUGAAAGAGGAUAACAUCAAACGGGAAAUACCCAUGACCCAGCGGAAAAUUCUUGAGUUGAAUGUAGAAGGUUACGUGUCUAUGGGUAGUCCAGAAGCGGGAACGACCGAUCAUAAGGAGCUUGAAUUGGCGGUCGUGGCUUUGAAUGUCAUUCGUCACGUUUUAGAUGGCGAUAACAUUUUAGGAUCAAAUGUGGCAUUGCAAAAGUACAAGCAGCAACAAAUGAAGUUGACUGAACUGAUGCUACAAUUUGUGGAUGAACAAUUUGACGAGUACACUUUGUCCGAUAUAAAUAAACUGAAGACAUAUUUUCUACAAACAAUUUGCACUCAGGGGUACACCGGAGGGUUGGAGACGAUAUUGAAAAGUUACCAGAAACUUAUUUCUUGCAAGGAGUAUGAAGAUUUGAAAAAACAAAGGAUGAAGGAUGACAUUCAGUUCACCGGGAUUGGAAUACAAUCCGACUGGACCGUAUGCGAUUCGAAAUUACUGCGGUUAGACGUUGGUACAUACGAGCGGCAGUUAAUAACUUGUACUCAUGCCAGUGGGGUACGUAAAAUGCUGGUGAAACUAGCCGGAACGAAUCCAACCAAACCUCUCUGGAGUAUCAAUCCCAGCUGGUCAAUUCCACUUCCACUGAAGCAGCUGUUGAUGUCAUUGCAGCGGGGAUUUUUACAAGAUUUUGCAUACAUUCUGGUUGGCAAAUCACGCGAACUGGCCGCCAAAAAAGAUUAUUCGGCAGCAAUUGCCUUGCUAACGUGCUUGAAGAGUGAAACAACGCGACAGGACUUGGCUAAUAAUCCUUUGGUACAGAAGCUGGGUAAAAUGGCAGCAUGGGAAGCACUUCUAAUACAAAUCCAGCAGGUAUUGGACGAAUGGCCGAAGAAACCGACAGAUCAGGUACAGUUUAUUCGAAAUUGUAAGCAAUGUUUGAAUGCCAGUACCAGCAAUGAUGUUGCACCACGGGCUAAAAUUCUUGAGCACUGCGCUGUAAUUCUUUUGAACUUAAACGACUGGAAUAGUCUACUGAGUCCGGAUAAAAGGUAUCCCGCAUUGGAGCUGUGCUGUGUGAUUACGCAGGCAUAUUUCGACAUUGAAAAGUUCAAAGGAACUAAGAAAACUAGUCGCGAAGCAUGGGACUUUAUUUUACCCAUGUUUGUUAAUCAGCAGAACUCUCGACAACGUCAUUCUACAGAAAAUUUCACAAUGCUGCAAUUGUUUUUAGCGAAGUUGCGAGACCCAUUGAUAAUAACAAUUGUGCUUUCUUUGCUGGCUCGGCUUCAUAAUAUCCUAAAGGACGAAACAAAUUUGGAUCUGAAUGCAGAAUACAUAUUUCUUUGGCCUACAAACGUUAGCAACCCGGCGAUUUAUAGUAUCAAAAUGGUGGAUGAAGUGCUGAACAGUUUCAUUCAUCAGUCUUUAAAGUACUACCCGAACAAUGUUCCCUGGAUCAAGCUGAAAGGAGACAUCGAAUUCUGCAAUGGGAACUACGAAGCCGCCAUGCGCUACUAUGUAACGGCAUUGAUCUCUGGGUCGGAGUACUGCACAAUUCAUUUGCAACGUCCGCUGUUGGAUGAUUUCAUAAUUCGACGCAUGAUAAAAUGCUGUUCGAAUCUUGGUUGUUUUAUGCAAGCCGCAGUUUUGUGUCAAUUUCUUGAUGAAACGGAUUACGGGCUUGCUUUCAAAAGCGUCAGCGAAAAGACGUCAGGUUUUUCCGACGCGAUGGAUUCGUACUACAGCUGCAUAUGGGAUCCAACUUUGCUCGAGUUCAUUGUUAAUUGGCAUUUCAAAAAAGGAGAACACAAAAGGAGAUUGCAAGCGAUCUCUUAUCUUGGACAACUCGAACUCAAUGCCAACAACAACGAGGAAAUAAAACGAGAAGCGGCAGCUAUAAGAAAAACUCGUUUUCUGCGAUCGCUUGCAAAACAGUAUAUGUUGUAGAAUCAAACAAAAUAGUCGUGACUUUGAAUUUAUUUGUAUGAAACAUUCAGAUAAUUAACACAAUAUCAAUUGGUAAAUAAUU